AUGAAUGGAACAGAAGGUCCCAAUUUUUAUAUUCCCAUGUCCAACAAAACUGGGGUGGUACGAAGUCCCUUUGAAUAUCCCCAGUACUACUUGGCAGAACCAUGGAAAUAUUCUGUCUUGGCAGCUUAUAUGUUCCUACUCAUCCUCCUCGGCCUUCCAAUCAACUUUAUGACCCUGUAUGUCACUAUCCAGCACAAGAAACUCAGAACACCCCUAAAUUAUAUCCUAUUGAACCUGGCAUUUGCCAAUCAUUUCAUGGUCCUGGGUGGGUUCACAAUUACCAUGUACAGCUCAAUGCAUGGAUACUUUGUCUUCGGAACAACUGGUUGCUUCGUUGAAGGCUUCUUCGCUACACUUGGUGGUGAAAUUGCUCUUUGGUCCCUAGUGGUUUUGGCCAUUGAGAGAUACGUGGUGGUCUGCAAGCCCAUGAGCAACUUCCGAUUUGGUGAGAACCAUGCUGUCAUGGGUGUGGCUUUCACCUGGAUCAUGGCUCUUACAUGUGCUGUUCCUCCACUUGUAGGAUGGUCCAGAUAUAUCCCUGAAGGAAUGCAGUGCUCAUGCGGAGUGGACUAUUACACACUGAAACCCGAGGUCAACAACGAAUCCUUUGUCAUCUACAUGUUUAUUGUGCACUUCACUAUUCCCUUGAUUGUCAUUUUCUUCUGCUAUGGCCGUCUGGUGUGCACUGUAAAAGAGGCUGCAGCUCAACAGCAGGAAUCAGCCACCACCCAGAAGGCUGAGAAAGAAGUGACCCGUAUGGUAAUUAUCAUGGUUGUUGCCUUCCUGAUUUGUUGGGUGCCCUAUGCCACUGUGGCAUUUUUCAUCUUCAGCAACCAGGGUUCUGAAUUUGGGCCUGUCUUCAUGACUGUUCCAGCUUUCUUUGCCAAGAGCUCUGCCAUCUACAACCCUGUAAUCUACAUUCUUCUGAACAAACAGUUCCGUAACUGCAUGGUCACCACACUUUGCUGUGGCAAGAAUCCAUUUGGUGAUGAUGAUGCCUCAUCCGCAGCCACCUCCAAAACAGAAGCCUCUUCUGUCUCCUCCAGCCAGGUUUCUCCAGCAUAAGAUGCUUGCCCUGGUUUGUCUAAGGGUCCACUGCCUCACACAGCUUCCACCACCCCAGUCCUGUCUCCUUGUUGCUGAAGCAACAU